AUGGCGCUCCUACUCGACAAGCGCGGAGACGAGAUUCAGAUCACAGAAAACGUUCUAAAGGCUGCAGCUAGCAAUGGUAGCCACGGGACUAUAGCAUUGCUUCUUGAUAAACGGGGGGACGAGAUACGUAUCACAGAAGACGUUGUUAAGGCUGCGGCUCAGAAUACUGGGUCUGGCCUAGCAAUCAUGGCACUCCUUCUUGAUACGCGUGGGGACGAGAUCCAGAUCACGGAAAACUCCCUCGAGGCUGCAGCUGCGAACUCCAAAAGUGGCCCAGGGAUUAUAGCUCUAUUCCUUGAAACACAUAAGGAGAUUCCAAUCACAGAGAACGUUCUUAAGGCUGCAGCUAGCAACCAUGGAAUAGACCAAGAGAUUAUAGCGCUACUCCUCAAAACACCUGGAGAGGGGAUUCAAAUCACAGAAAAUGUUCUUAAAGCUGUAGCCGAGAACUAG